UUGGCGCUGUCAGUUUCUGUUUGUACGUGUUUUUCCUCGAUCCGUGUUUUUUGCCCCUAGACGAGGCACGGACUUAGCUUGGAUGACCUGCUGAGUAUUUCGCACAUUUCCACAACCUAGAGUCGUUUUCGUUGAGUUCGCAGCGGCCGCGCGAUGUCUACGUCCGGGGAUUUCGGCAAUCCGCUGAGGAAGUUCAAGCUGGUGUUCCUGGGGGAGCAGAGCGUUGGAAAGACCUCGCUAAUUACCAGGUUCAUGUAUGAUAGCUUCGAUAACACCUAUCAGGCAACAAUAGGAAUUGACUUCUUGUCGAAGACCAUGUACUUAGAGGACAGGACUGUCCGCUUGCAGCUAUGGGACACUGCUGGUCAGGAGAGGUUUCGCUCACUGAUCCCUUCCUACAUCCGUGAUUCAACUGUUGCUGUUGUAGUCUAUGAUAUCACUAAUGCCAACUCCUUUCACCAAACUUCUAAGUGGAUUGACGAUGUGAGAACAGAGAGGGGCACUGAUGUGAUCAUCAUGCUUGUUGGCAAUAAAACUGACCUGUCUGACAAGAGGCAGGUGAGCACGGAGGAGGGUGAUAGAAAAGCAAAAGAGCUCAAUGUUAUGUUUAUUGAAACUAGUGCUAAAGCAGGUUAUAAUGUUAAACAGUUAUUUAGGCGUGUAGCUGCUGCUUUACCAGGCAUGGAUUCAACAGAAAAUAAACCACCAGAAGACACUGUUGACUUACAAACUCAACCUCAAUUACAAAAUCAUCAGAGCGACUCGGAGGGGGGCUGUAUGUGUUAAACAAAAUCUUAGUACUAUUAAUAUUUUCAAAUCAUAUUUAGUUCAAGUCAAAUCAAAGUAGCCUGAGCCUAUGUUCAUGUUCGAAUAACAAAAAAGUAUAUAAUUAUUGACAAAAAAAAAAUGCUAUAAGUGUGUGAUUAAUUUGCAUAAAAGCGGCACAGAUUCUUUGUGGCAUGAGGAUUUAUAUUUAAAAAAAAAAGGAUUUCAAGAAAAAAAAAUAAUAUAAAUAUAAUGAAACAAGUAAUAUAUGAAACCACGGAUUUAAGAAUUAAUUGCGGUUUUUUCUAUGAUUACGACUAUUUAAUAUUUAUGACGGUAUGGAAGAAUAAUUCUGUA